AUGUCGGGUAAACCUCGUAUUGAGAUUGCACCAUCGAGUGCAUUACCGUCAUAUGAUCGUUUCCAACGACAUCGAGCAGUGCCUGUAAAUGAAGCAAAUCUGAGUAUUGCCCAACGUCUCGUGCUGGAAAACAAGAAACGAGCACAGAAUUCCACACGUUGUCGUAGUACACAAGAAGUGGUGACAUCAUUACAGCACACGCCGGUGAUAUUGGGAUCACAUAUUUGGAUUCCUGAUCCGGAACUUGUGUGGCGUGUCGUGGAAAUUGUACGCUAUGAACCAGCAGGAGAUCCAGAACACGGCAUGCUCUUGACGGUCAAUGGGAAAUUUGGACAGGAAAAGGUUGAUUUACGUGAUAUUGGAGAUCUUUAUCGGGUCAAUCCACGUGUAGUAGAUGACAUGACGGGUCUGUACUAUAUUCAUGAAGCUGGUAUCCUUGAGAACCUCUACGUACGCUCCAAGAUGGACAAUUUGAGACCUUAUACGCUCAUGGCCAAUGUACUUAUUGCUGUCAACCCGCUCGUUCGUACGGUCGAACCUAAGGUCACAGACUACAUUAAGACGCAAAUGGGCGAUCGAUCGCCGCACCCGUACUCUAUUGCCGAAGUGGCUUUCCAACAGAUGGCAUUGCGUAUGCCUGCCCAGUGUCAGUCUAUUGUCAUUUCAGGUGAAUCAGGAGCUGGAAAGACCGAGACGUCCAAGAUCGUGCUGCGGUACCUCACGUCGCGUGAACACUUGGCUCAUACGGCCAACAAGGGCAGUAUCGCACAGCAGGACCUGGCGUUGGAGUUGGACAAGCGACUUUGGGACACGAAUCCUAUUCUGGAAGCUUUCGGUAAUGCCAAGACACUGCGUAACCACAAUUCGUCACGUUUCGGCAAGUUCAUGAAGUUGCAGUUCAAGCCUGAUGACAACACAUUGAGUGGCGCCUACAUUGAGACGUACCUGCUGGAAAAGUUUCGUGUCGUGGCACAGAUUCCUGGAGAGCGCAACUUUCAUAUCUUCUACUUUUUGCUCUCGGGUGCUAAUCAAGCACUUGCUAAGGAGCUUAAGCUUGAGCCUGUCAACAACUAUGAAUACCUGAACCAAAGUGGGUGCGUGUCGGACCCGAAUGUAGACGAUGAGAUCUUGUUCGACGAAGUGGCGAGUGCGCUUGGCUCCGUGAACAUUGACGCUGAAUUGCAAAAGCAGGUGUGGACAGUGUUGUCGGGUUUGUUGCAUCUUGGUAACAUCCGCUUGGAAGACCGUGAGACGGCGGAAGGCGACGCUGGCGAGGUGCCGCCGGAAGCGCAGAAGUACGUGGGAUCAUGCGCUGAGCUGCUUGGUGUAGACAGCAGCAGUCUACUGCACGUGAUCAGUACCCGCGAGAUUUCCACACGUACGGAGAACUUUACAAUUAAACGCACGGCAAAGGAGGGAAGCUACGUACGCGAUGCUAUUGCCAAGUCGAUGUACAACCGCUUAUUCAAGUGGAUUCUGUACAAAAUCAACACCUCGCUGGGCCACGGUGAUAACUCACUACCAUUCAUCGGUGUUCUCGAUAUCUUUGGUUUUGAAUCGUUCGAGGAGAACGACUUCGAGCAACUGCUGAUCAACUACGCCAACGAGGCCCUGCAGGCCACGUUCAACCAGCAGGUGUUCAUCGCCGAGCAGGAGCUGUUUGCAGCGGAAGGCAUCGAGGUUGGCAAGAUUAUAUGGCCUGACAACCGCGAAUGCAUUGACCUGAUUUCACAGAAACCGAACGGCAUUUUGCCUUUGUUGGACCAGGAGGCGAAAAUGCCCAAACCAUCUGACGAGAAAUGGAACGCUAUGCUGCACAAGACUCACUCGAGCCACCCACACUUUCUAUCUCCUCACGAAAAGGACAAGAAGUACGAAUUUAUUGUAAAACACUUUGCCACGCGCGUGCCAUACACGAUUGGCAACUUUAUUGAUAAGAACAACGACACUAUUCCCAAGGAUUUGGAGGACUUUGUGACUUCUAGCAAGUCCUUGCUUAUCAAGGAGCUGUUCUCUUCGAAGCUGGACCUCGAUACCAUGAACGGUACGCCCAACACGAGCCAGUUUCACAAGCAGAGUGUGUCGGCCAAGUUCUGUGACCAAAUGCAUGAGCUGACGGACACGCUGAAUGCGACGCGCUGCAACUUUAUUCGGUGUAUCAAGCCAAACUCGACAAUGUCGCCCGGCGUGUUCGACCAUGGCUACGUUGUGGACCAGCUGCGUUGCUCCGGUAUGUUGGCUACGUGCGAGCUGCUGAAGGUCGGUCUACCUACACGUGUGGCGUACGAGGAAAUUUGUCGGAUCUAUAAACCCGUGUUACCACCGUCCGUUACGCCAAUGUUCGAUGCCUACAACGAUCGUACUUUCACGGAAGCUGUGCUGUGGUCGUUCCGUGUAGAGCCUGACGCCUAUCGUCUGGGUCGCACGAAAGUUUUUUUCAAGACUGGCAAGAUUGCUCUGCUUGAUGCGUUGCUGAAGGUUGACAUGAAGAAGAUGGGCCCAUGGAUUGUUGCUCGCCUUCGUAAGUGGUUGGCACGUCGACGCUGGCGUUAUGCUCUAGCCAAGGUGCUGGCUCAGCGCGCGUUUCUGUGGCUAUUGGAGGAUACUAGAAGACGCAAAGCCGCCAUCGUUAAAAUGCAGGCUGUGAUGCGCAUGUUUGCCGUACGCAAGCACUUUAUUCGCGCUCGUAAUGCGCACCGCCUGAAGAUGCGCCGCAAAACACUCGCUCAGAAACGUUGGAAGAUGGCCAUUGGCGGAAUUCUAGCUGCUAACGCUUUUAAGAAGCUGUUGCAGCAGACUCGCCAGCGCAUGGUUGCUCAGCUUGCGGACCAGAAUGCUGCUGCUGUGAAGAUUCAGUCCAUUGUCCGUGGCAAGCUCGGCCGCAAGAAAGCAGAAAAACGAUAUGCACAAGUGCAAGAUGAGAAGAUGCGCAAAAGGUUGGCGGAGGAGAAUGCCCGCCUCGAGGCUGAGAAGAAAAGCUCGGCCAAGAAGCGCUGGGUGUCGGCAUUCUACGCCAUCCAGGCUCAACGCCACUUUGUGAAGCGUCUGCACCACAUCCGCAAGGCUCGCCUGGCAGUGGAGGAGGCCCGACGUCUAGCUGCCGAGCAGGAGCAGCUGCGGUUGCAGCGGGAGGAGGAGGAGCGCCAACGCCGCCUUCAAGAAGAAGAAGAGGAGCGUGAACGUCAGCGCCAGUUGGAACUGAAGCGUGCCGCUGCGGCUACUACAAUCCAGCAUGCUUAUCGUCGAUCUGUUGGGCGCGAAGAGGCAAGACGCCAGGCUGCUGUAGAGCGUGCCCAAGCUGCUUCACUCGCUGCAGCGAUGGCCGCGCAAGAUGCCGCCCAAGCCGCGCAGGAUGCGUCCAUGGCGCACGAUGCUGAAGCGGCUGCUCUUCGAAAGCUUAGUGCAUACGACGAGGCCCAGAAAAAGGCUGCUGCGGCUGGCACGCUGGGAACUGCUCCUGCGCUUGGUGCGCUAGGUGUCCCCGGUGUUGCUGGCAACGGACCUGUUGCACUGGGCUCGGUGCAGCCACUGCAAGCGUCCGUUAGCCAGGCUGGCCAGAUUGGUGCUGUUGGAUCCAUGGGUGUUGCCGGUGCUAUGGUAGGACAGGAGUCACUUCAGAACGCCGACAUGAGCUGGGUUGCUGGUGACAACGCUAAGAUUGAGGGCGAGGCUGUUGCUGGUGAUGCACUGCGUCAGGAGCAGCUUGCUCAAGCUGGCCGCGACCUGUUCGGUGAGGGCGGUGAGGCACCCGCUGGGCCCGUGAUGUCUGCUGAUGACGAGAACCUGAUUAACCCGGUCGAGAAGAUUCAGGAGUUUCCGACGGGCCCUCCGAUUCCAUACAAGGGUGGUAUUAUGACGUGCACGAUGCUUGGCCACCGCAAGCAGCAGGACCAGAACUGGGGUGAUGAGUACACGGAGUAUGUGCUGCGUGUGACCUGGGGUCGUGAUAUCCUUGAGCAGUCGAAGACUGCUUGGCUCGUGGGCGGCCGUUACAAUGAUUUCAAUGCACUUCACCAGGAACUGAAGGCUGCUGCUUCGGGUCGUCGUGGCAAGCGCGCCCCGUGGUUUCCGCGUUUCCCAAAGCGCCAUCCAUUCUCAUCGAUGAUUGGCAAGAACCAAGAGGAGAAGUUUAUCAUCAAACGUGAAAAGGAGAUGAACCGCUACAUGACGCAAGUGCUCACCCAAAUGCCGGACGCUCUACUGAACAUUCACUUGGACCGUUUCCUCAACCUCACUCUCCGUACGCAGGACAUCUGUGAGCGCGAGGCAUACGCCGAGGCACGCAAGCGUUGGGAGGAGGAAGAGCGUGAGGCACUGGCUAAUGCUGCUGAUGCGGAGCCGCUGAACGACGCUGACCUGCAGGAGGUGGAACAACUAGUGCACCAAUUGUUGCAGAAGAUCAUUUACGCUGCUGGUGAUGUUCGCCAGGACACGGAGCUGCAGGAGAUGAUCCACGCCGUUAAGGUGUUGCAGCCUCGUGUGGCAGCAUCGGCCCAGAUUGGUGGCAAUGUGAAUAUCGAGCUGAUCCCGCUGGCCAUGCAGCUGCAGGACGAUAUCCAGGACGCUUUCAACCAGUAUAACGACACGCUGCUGGCGCUGCGGCUGGGCCAGGACCUCAACUAA